AGAGCUUGGAGCCUGCCUAUGGUAGCCAGCGGGAAGCGACCAUCUCACUGCCUUCACGAUCCCUAUGGAGUCAAUCGUUUUCGCAAAUUCACCUCUUGCCGAGUACCUUGAAGGAAAUGGUGAGAGCGAAGCGUCCUGGGGCAUAGAACUAUCGGGUCCGGUGCCGGCAAAGGAGAGUCAGCCAAUAUUCGCUCCACCACUGACGUCUAUUACCGGUCGUUUCAGGAAAAAGGGGUUGAAGCCCUUGAAGUUGAGCGAUCCCAGUUGGAGCCGAAAGGCGAAGUUCUACGAAUUCUUUUCGAGAGUUGUCGAUUCGAGAUUGAGCAGAAACGAGAAUUCCAAGUUCCUCGAACGCUUUCGUUAUAUUAUUGUCGCAUCGCAGCUUUUGAACGAACAUGUAAACGUCUCCCAUUAUGAUCGGAAAUCCGACCCAGAUCUGUUUUCUCUCGAUGAGGUAACGUCGACAGAUAUCUUUGGCCCACAAUAUGCAAAAAGCAUAUAUUGGGCCGGUAGCGGGGGUUGUGUAUUGGUUGUGUCUCUGCUGUUUGCGUGGGUAUUGAGAGGCGGCAAUGGGAGGAGUGGGAUUAGCAAAGGCCGGGCGAUAGCGGCCUUGUUGCUAUCAAUGAUUGUAGCGAUCUCUCUCUUUGCUCAUGCAAGGCGUAGGUGGCUGCGCUCCCUGCGAGCGAAAGCUAUAGAAUUUGCUGCUUUGUUUGUAGAGAAUAGCCAGACCUUUGAUGUUUUAGCAUCAAACGCCGUGACUCUCAUCCAAGAAGUGGAACUGGUCUCCAGAGGAUAUAGGCUCAGCACACCUUUACCCCCAAUAACUCGAUUAGAAAGGGAUAGUCAGACUCGACGAUGCGCUCGAUUACGCCGUUCACUACUUUCUGCAUUUAGUCUGGGAAUACCACCGCAUAUCCGAGCUUGCAUGUCUCUCCGACAUCUGACUCAGGAAAUCGAUAUCGAAAAAUACUACGAUAUAUAUGAUAUUCGUAGAGAAGACGUGCAAAACAUUGAGGCCGAAAUAGACAAUGGAGAAUUUGAUGAUAUGGAGAGCCUUAAAGCGUUGAAAGCGUUGGUCCAUCGACUCCAUACUGUUAGGAGGAUAUUUUUGUGCUGUUUGUUAGCUUUAGAAGCUGAUGGGCUCCACCCUGAUUUCAACAAGUGGCGCAUUACUGUCGAGCAAUUGAGGACCCUUGGGAGCUUGGUUGGGGAGCUGGGCAGCGAGGUCAAACGUAUACUUGGGGAAGAAGAGCAAUUCUUUGUGCCUCCAACUCCCAAAUCGCCUAUGUCUCCCGAGAAUGAGCGCUAUCGCGUGCAACUCCGAAAGCUCAAUUCUCUUUCCCAAGCUCUUACAGGGCUUCACGCUAAGAUGCAUGUUCUCCGAGAGGAAUCAGAUCGUACUUUGAAGGAGUCUACAGGUUUAAUUGAUUUCGGUCCGGACCUACUCAUUCACUAUGACUCCAUUGGCGCGGAUUUGCACGCUCUUGUCAAUGAAUGGGAGGACGGACGGUCCUUUCUCGCAAUGAGCCUUGACCGAAACGCCAGCUCACCGCCCUCAAAACCCCCGGAAUCCGUCGGUGGAACCACAUUGGUGGGCGAUACGCCCAGGAAUUCCAUAUUGUCUGGAAGUGGUGGCACCGGGUGGGCGGACGAUGCAGGGUUCGGCUUAUUUUCGCCAACAACGGAGGAUAGAGAACGCCUUUCCGAAGACGAGCAGGUGUUUGAGGCUGUUGCUGAGCCUAGGCCCCGGAGUAUAAUGACGCGGGAUGAACGCAUUCGCAAGGUCCAAGAGGAGAGAGUGAGAAUCGCCGAACACAAGAAGAAAACUGAGGCCGGAUUGGCACUUCAGAGAGAAUUGCAAGCGGUGCUCGUCAAUCGCCCACCCUCAAGAAGAAAGCCCAUAGCAAGUCGUAAUUUCAGUACCUAACCAGCCGCUAUCUCGGUUGACCACUACAAUCGCUCCGGACGUCCAACCCUUUCUCUGACUGUGCUGUAGUGAUUUCCCUUCCCUUCCAUCUUGCUGGGCCCACAUACUCAUGGAUGUUUAUUCUAUCAUUUUGCCGGAUUUGUUUUCCCCUUGCGAAGCAGCGGCGGGCGUUUUGGGGUGUUAUGCCUGGAGUGUUACGAUUUGUGGCUGAGGACGCCUACGAUUUGAUGAGGAAAAUUAAAUUAUACCCCUCCUCUACGCGACAUUGGACUUUUUGCCUUUUUUGCUGUGCUGUUUUGUUGCUAUGGGUUACUCUAAUUUGUCCUUUUUCUUGUGUCUACGUUUGUCCCCAUAACUUUGGUAUCAUGCCUCGCAGUUCUACAAUUUGCUUCACUUUCCCCUUCUAGUUCGAAUUGUAUAGUUUAGUCACUAGUCCCUCUUUUAAACCCCCCGAAACCUAAAUAAAACAAACA